AUGGCAUCCAAAGACGAUGGCUUCGCGCGGGUGCACCUCCAGUUUCUGGAUAUGUUCAUCGCUUCUGGCUUCAAAAGCUUGAGGAAGAUGGAGGAGCUUCGUGGAACCUCAGAGGGCGGCCUGGUGGGCCUUGGGGAGAAGGCGAAACUCCUUUUGGGCGCUGCGGUGGCGGAGACUUCUUUGCUCAGUGCGCUCUACUGGAUCACCUGUGCCUACACACUGCUUGGGCAUGUGAUCGAGCCCGAGAUGCGUCAACAAAUUCUUGACUUUGCGGGAAGAUGCCGCUGUCGAAGCACACCCGGGGCGUUCGCACCACAUCCAGCGCAUCAAGCAGACCUGCUGAACACAGUGAGUGCAGUGCAAGUGGCUGUUCUGCUGGACAAGCCCGGAAUUUUGGGCGACCUCUCAGAGGUCUCACACUACGUUCGCUCGUUACAGCUACCAGAUGGAUCCUUCGCGAACCGCAGUGGCUCCAACGAGGGCGACUGCCGUUUCACCUUUGCGGCGCUGUGUGCGCUGAAGCUCUUAGCCAGACUCGAGAACAACGACCGCAAGGAAUCUCUCGACUCGGUGUCAGCCUGGCUGUUGCGGUGUCAGAACCUGGACGGCGGGUUUGGGUGCCGCCCUGGGGAGUGUGAGUCACACGCGGGACACACCUUCUGCUGCUUGGCAGCCCUGAGCCUCAUCUCACAGCUCCAUCAGUUGAGCCACCGAGGCAGGGGUCGAUUGAUCCGCUGGCUCUCUGGGCGCCAGUGCGAAUCAGGUGGCAUGAAUGGCCGUCCAGGCAAGAAGGCCGACGCUUGCUACACCUGGUGGACUUUGGCUGCUGCUGAACUGUUGGCUGGCAGUGAGAUCGUCAGCAUGUUCGAUCUGGAAGCCCUCGAAGAGUUCGUUGAGCACUGCAUGAGUGCAGAAGGCGGAGUCGCACCCCACCCGCACGACGACCCGGAUCCGUUCCACACCUUCUUUGGGUUGGCUGGCCUCUCACUGGUGGAGCAUGCCAGAGAGGGCAGACGAGGGUUGAAGAAGAUGGAGCCCACUUUGGUGUUGCCUGCUCAGUUCAGCUGA